GGUACAAUUAUUGUUAUCAAAUAUUCUUUAGAUUAGUGUAGUGUAGAUUAGUGAAGUAAUCAUAAUGCGAUUACUAGCAGCGUUAUUGCUAUUAACUGUUCAGCGUGUAACGGUAGCUGUUGACAACCCAUGUCACGGAAUUCUAGUGGGAACGUUAAUUGAUCCGGACUAUUGUUACAAAUAUGUCCUCUGCUACAAGGAAGUGCCAGAGUUUAGGACCUGUCCUGAGGGGACUAUAUUUUCCAUCGAUGAAAUAGGCUGUGUACCAGGAGAUCAAAAAACCUGCAUAGAGGGAUACCCGACCGAACCCGAGGAAGGAAAUUCCUGCAGAGGAGUAAUUUAUAGUCGAUUUCCUCAUCCUAAAAACUGCACCAGGUUCUACAGCUGUGUGUUCGGUCGGCAGCGCGAACACUCCUGUCAGGAUGGUUGCGUAUUCUCAACCAAAUUAUUUAUCUGCUUGCCAGGCAACUCCGAGUCAUGUGAAGUUCAAAUUUUUCCUACAACAACAACUCCCGCUCCGGAGGAUGUGAAACCGAUUCCAAUCGAUUAUUGUGUACGAAACGGAACAGUUCUUGGUCGAUUGCCACAUCCUCAGUUCUGCAGCCGCUUCAUACAAUGUCGUUUUUGGGUUCCAUCUGAAGAGUUUUGUCCAAACUGGACGAUAUUCACUGAUAAACUAAGCGUUUGCGUACCAGGUGAUCCAAACACUUGCCGGACGAUUCUGGAUUUAAGUACAAUCAUGUCUGAUUCAUGAAUCUUCUGUUAAUAACUGUUGCAAAGUUCGUAUCCAUUCAUUUGUUUCCGUCAAAGAUAGAACUAUAAAACUUUGACUUCAGGUAUGAAAAAGGUAAUUGUAUUUGGCACGUGCUAAAUUAUUCCUUAUAUAAUCUGUCUAUCCCUUUAAUGUAAGGUUUUUCCAGGUAUGUCAGUAAUUUAGAAACAUUGAUAUAUUCAUCGAAUGCAAUUUUUCUGAGCAACAAUGUGUGAGGAACGAAUUUUCGUAUUGACAAAAAUAUUCAGAAUAUUUCGAUAGGUACAAAAAAGUAUUUAAUAAACUUGUCAAAAAUUACGAAGACUUUAA